AUGUCGAGCGCUCGCGCACUGAAUCGUUCUAUCUCAUUGGUUAAUAUUCGACGACAAGGACGUUCACACAAGAAGAAACCCGGUGGUUCGUGGCCGGGCAGAAGCCCCAACGUCGAACGAGAUCACGUAGCUGCCUACAACCAGUUGAGCAAAAUGUAUAUUGGAGAGAGAUCCAUGUACACUGACGAGCAGACUCUACUGGGAAAAAAGGUGUACAUCCUGUUAUAA